ACAAUAUUUCAACAGUUAUAAUAAUAGGAGAGUAUUGUACUGAACCCACGCCCCCCCGCGGACCCGGACCCACGGGAUAAAUCGCCUUCGUUACCAGUAAACAAACCGGACACUUCAUGUCACACGAGUUACGACGAUCCGUGUUACUUUUACCGCGGGAUUUGUGCUUUACCGAAGGAAUCACUUUCCGUUUUAACACACGUCCGUAGAACGACAGCCUUCUCGUUACCUCAUCCCGAUCAAUUUUGGACCUUUGUCAUUCUUAAAUCCAGCCUUUUUUUUUCUCCUUCUAUUUAAUAAGAGAGAGUACAUGUGAUUAUUAUGCUUAGGCCAUGUAUCGAUCAAUCGCUUCUUUUGUAAAUUUUUCUCUUUUCGAACGAUUUUCUUAAAAACAAAAAUUCCGAAGAAAUAUUACAAUUUCUUUUUGGGUUAGCUGUAAUAUUUCUUGUAUAUGUGAUUUACCGCGAUCGCCCCGGAUGCAACCCCUUUGUGUGUCGUCCGCCUGACGUUAUCGCACGUUUCCACUGGGAGAGAAGUUUCGUUUGUUUUUUUUGUUUUUUUCUUUUGGUCGUUUUCUCCUGGAAAAUUGGUUAUAACGAAGACGGGAAUUUCCUGCGCUACGAUUCAUCCUCAGAGAGAAAGAAAACGAGGGGAAAAUCAACGUAAAAAGUGCAAAGGUUUGAACGACAUUCGGAUAACUUUUUACAGGACGUGGUGGAGGCAGUUUGGUGGGGGGGAGCGCAAUGAUCAUCGUCUGCGCCGGAUGCGAAAAGCCAAUUUUGGACAAAUUCCUAUUAAAUGUAUUGGACAGGACGUGGCACACGGAAUGCGUCCGGUGUGUCGACUGUCACGGGAAUCUCACGGAUAAGUGUUUCAGCCGCGAGGGGAAACUCUUCUGCCGGAACGACUUUUUCAGGAGAUACGGCACGAAAUGCGGUGGCUGUCUCCAAGGCAUAUCCCCGAGCGAUCUGGUCAGGAAAGCUAGGGGAAAGGUUUUCCAUUUGAACUGCUUCACGUGUAUGAUAUGCCGAAAGCAGCUCUCGACGGGGGAAGAACUGUACGUCUUAGACGAUAAUAAAUUUAUUUGUAAGGAAGACUACAUGACCGGCAAAGGGUCACAAGGUGACAAUCUGCCGUUUUCUGGGUCGGAAGAGGAAGACGAGGAAGAAACGAGUUCCGUAGGGCUUUUAAAGCAACACCACAUCCACGGAGGGACGACGCUGCAUCCUCCGGAGAACAACAACAAUUCCAGCCAACUGCCACCGGGCCAGGACAGCAAGGGCCAGGAAGACUCAGAGGACCAAGGUUCGUUGGACGGAGACCCAGAAACGAGGGACUCCCAGACGGAAAACAAAUCUCCCGAAGACGGCAACUCGGGCUCGAAACGACGGGGGCCCAGGACGACGAUAAAAGCCAAGCAACUGGAAAUCCUCAAAACCGCCUUCUCACAAACGCCCAAACCUACAAGACAUAUUAGGGAACAACUGGCCAAAGAAACGGGACUACCUAUGAGGGUAAUCCAGGUUUGGUUUCAAAACAAAAGGAGUAAAGAACGAAGAUUGAAGCAGCUGACGUCUAUGGGACGGGGUCCGUUUUUCGGAGGGACCAGGAAAAUGCGCGGCUUCCCGAUGAACCUGAGCCCCGGCGGCUUGGAAGAGGGUCCACCCGGAUUUCCCUAUUUCACCUCCGACGCCGCCAAGUUCGACUUCGGCUACCCACCACCUCAAGGAUUCCAUCACGAGUUCUUCGGAGGACACCAUCCACCACCGCCGCCUUUCAACCCCACAGGUGGAGGGAUGGAAGGUGGCGGCCUAGGUGGAAUGACACCCGAAUUCGUGAGCGGGGAAGGCGGCGGCCAGGGCGGCGGAGGCGGCUUCAUGGGGGGCGGCGGCCAAAACGAACCACAGUCACAUCUACUCCCACCGCCUCACAGAGACAGCCCAGAAUUCAUCACCGGACAAGUUACAGGUAUGAACGGGAGUAGCGGAUUCACAGAGCAGCCGCCGACAACGCUCCAGAGCGAGGGUCUCGUCUGGUGAUCCGAGGAGGAAUAAAAACGGGGACGAAAGAGGUUUUUUAUUUAUUUCACAAAACUACACACUUAAGAAAUGGAUAAAACGGUUCAGUAAGGAAGACAAAAUAAACAAAAACAAAAACAAAAACAAAUGGACAAACCUGGGAUAUCUAGACAAAAUAUGCUCUCAAGAUGUUUUAUUUUUAUAAAAGGCUUUUCAUUUUUCGAAAACGCUAUGAGCGACGGCUUUAGGACCGCCCAACUGAUUUAUUCCUAUAUUAAAUAAUCAGUUAUGCAAUUGUAUUUAUUUAUAGUAACGUUUAAGUUUUAAAACGUCCAUUUAUAAUACAUGUAUUCAGUAUUUCACAUUGGUUCAAAUGUUGCAUGUACAGUGAUUGAGAUGCCAUAUUCAAAUAUAAGAGUUGUAAAUAUAAAUGUUGUUAUUCUAUGUUUUCUUAUAUUAUUAUUAUUAUUAUCUAUUAUUAUUAUAUUAUUUUAUCUUUUGUUUGUUUGCGAAACUGGCUAAAAACAAGGUAAAAAUACAUGUUUAAAACGAAAUCAUCAAGAUUCAUUUUUUUUUCUUUUAUUUUGACCGAAGAGAGUUUGGAAUUUCUCUUUCUCCAGUAGACAGUGUACAUUAUCGACCUUGUAUAUAAUGACAAAAUUAACAUAUAAUUGCCAUUCUGUCUAAAAAACAAAAAAAAGUUUAUAGUAAUAAAAUAUGGUUGUCAUAUUACUAUAGAUGUAUGUUAUGGUGAGCCUAAGAAUGUUUGGUUCAAUUGUAUUGUAAUGUCUUGUUAUUUGUGGAAAAUAUAGUGUACUAGAAAAACUUUAAAAA